AUUCUCUUGAGAGGUUCCUUGAGAGGUGCUGGGAGCUGUGGACCCCAUCAGAAUCUUAGCAGAGAACCAUUUGUAAUGGAGCCUUCACCUCUUGAGCUGCCAGCUGACACAGUGCGACGCAUCGCGGCUGAACUCAAAUGUCACCCGACAGAUGAGAGGGUUGCUCUCCACCUAGACGAGGAAGAUAAGCUGAGGCACUUCAAAGAGUAUUUUUAUAUCCCCAAAAUGCAGAAUCUGCCUCCAAGCUAUGGUCAUGACGUAGGGAAGCGUCCUUGGAUUAUAGGAGAUGAGAUUAUUGUAGGCCUUAUGAAGGACAUUGUAGGAGCCGAUGAGAAAGAAAUUGCCUUAAUGAAUGCUUUGACUGUUAAUUUACAUCUUCUACUGUUAUCAUUCUUUAAGCCUACGCCGACACGGUAUAAAAUUCUUCUAGAAGCCAAAGCCUUCCCUUCUGAUCAUUAUGCUAUUGAAUCACAGCUACAACUUCACGGACUUAACAUUGAGGAAAGUAUGCGGAUUAUAAAGCCAAGAGAGGGGGAAGAAACCUUAAGAAUGGAGGAUAUCCUUGAAGUAAUUGAGAAGGAAGGAGACUCAAUUGCAGUGAUCCUGUUCAGUGGGCUGCAUUUUUAUACUGGGCAGUUCUUUAAUAUACCUGCCAUCACCAAAGCUGGACAAGCAAAGGGUUGUUUUGUUGGCUUUGAUCUAGCUCACGCAGUUGGAAACGUUGAACUCCACUUACAUGACUGGGGAGUUGAUUUUGCCUGCUGGUGUUCCUACAAGUAUUUAAAUGCAGGAGCAGGAGGUCUUGCUGGUGCCUUUGUCCAUGAAAAGCACACCCAUAAAAUUAAACCUGCGUUAGUGGGAUGGUUUGGCCAUGAACUCAGCACAAGAUUUAAAAUGGAUAACAAGCUGCAGUUAAUCCCUGGGGUCAGCGGAUUCCGAAUCUCAAAUCCUCCCAUUUUGUUGGUUUGUUCCUUACAAGCUAGUUUAGAGAUCUUUAAGCAGGCAACUAUGAAAGCAUUGAGGAGAAAAUCUAUUUUGCUGACUGGUUAUCUGGAAUACCUGAUCAAGCAUUACUAUAGCAAAGAUAAAGGAGACACCAAGAAACCAAUGGUGAACAUAAUUACGCCAUCCCGUGUAGAGGAUCGGGGUUGCCAGCUGACGCUAACAUUUUCUAAUUCUAAGAAAAAUGUUUUCCAAGAACUAGAAAAAAGAGGAGUGGUUUGUGACAAGCGGGAACCAAGUGGCAUUCGAGUGGCUCCAGUUCCUCUCUACAAUUCUUUCCAUGAUGUUUAUAGAUUUAUCAAUCUGCUCAAUUCUGUACUUGACUCUACAGAAACAAAAAAUUAGCAGUGUUUUCUAGAAUAAUUUAGACAAAUUAUACUGAAAGGUGCUGUACUUAUUUUACUGGUAUUCAUUUUUUAAUUAUUGAAAGUAUUUCAAAAUUGACUGUAUGUAACUGGCAAUAAAUCAUAUACUUUACAGAAAAAUCUGA